AGAUAUAUUUGUAUAGCAUUUAUUAGUGGGAUCGAACGGGUCUUCAUCUCUAACACCAUUCUCGCUACUCCUUCCACAGUUUAUAGAAAACCGCUCGCGGUUUUAUCAAAACCGCUCGCGGUUUUCUGAAAAUCGCUAAUCUCUCGUCGAAUUUUUAGCCCGUUAUCUCUCUUCUCUCCCUAUCCCUCUCCCCGUCCUUUCUAUCUAGACUAGAUAGUACGGUUUAUCUAGGGUUUCUCUUUUAUCUAGGGUUUCCUUUCUAGGGUUUUGUAGGAGGUGGGUAUGGGUAUGGGGAUGGGGAUGGGGAUGGGGAUGGGGAUGGGGAAGCGGUGCGAGCUCUGCGGGGGGAGCGCGGCGGUGUACUGCGACCCGGACGCGGCGUUCCUCUGCUGGGGCUGCGACGCCGCCGUGCACGGCGCCAACUUCCUCGCCGCGCGCCACCUCCGCCGCGCCGCCUGCGCCUCCCUCCACCCCGGCGUCCUCGUCUCCGGCCCCUCCGCCGCCGCCGCCGUCGCCGCCGCGUGCUGCUCCCUCUCCGCCGAGAGCUCCUGCGUCUCCGCCGCCGAGUCCGCCGCCGCUGCGCCGCCGCGGCGGAGGCGGCGGAGCGCGCCGGCGACGCGGACCCGCCGCGUGCGGCAGCGUAGAGCGCCGGCGCCGCCGCGGAGAUCCGCCGCGCUCCGCCGCGCCGGGGCGGGCUCGCGGGCCCCCGCGCGGCGGCGGAGGCGAACCGGACCGGUCGAGAAGGAGGAGGGAUGGGCCGAGUGCGCGUAGUGGCCGAACCGGCCCGGUUCGAGAAGUGUACGGAAUCAUCCUUAACUAUAGUACGUUUGGAAAUAGGUCCCUCAAGUUUAUUGACACCCCUUAGAAUGUAAUAUUUUCUUUCUUUUUUAUUUUUAUUUUUUUUGUUUGUAGUUUCUAAUUUGAGCGAGUGUAGUAAAGUAAGUUAAGUUAAUUUAAUAGCUCUACUCUAGUUAACUUUUAGCAAACAGGAUUAGUGUAGUUAAUAACAUACUAUCUUGUUAAUUUAACUAACUAAAAUUACUGAUAUGAAAAAAAAAUUAGCAAGGUAUGAGAGGUGUCAAUUGGAUAAUAUUAAAGUUUAAGGACCUAUUUCAAACUAGCCUAGAGUUUGGGUGUUUCUCAGUCAUUUUCUCCUGGUGUCAUCUUUCUCUAACUUUUAGCAGAGAAUGUUUUUUUUUUUUUUUUUUUUUUUUUUUUUGGCCUUUUCUUUUUCUAAAGUCUCAUGUUCAAGCUAUGAUGAAACUCUGUAAUGAGGUGGGACACUUGUGAGGAAUCAAAUAUGGACUUUGAUAUGAGUGAGUGAUUGUUCAA